UUGUCCAAGUAUUCUUCAACUCGAUUUAAAUAUGAGUUUUAAAGAUAAAGUUGUUGUUGUUACUGGAGGCAGUUCAGGACUAGGAGCCGCUAUAGCAAUCGCAUUCGCUAAAGAAGGCGCUAAUGUUACCAUCGUUGGAAGAAAUGAAGAACACCUUCAAGAAAUUGCUAAAAAAUGCCGUAAUUCUGGUAAAGAUCCUCUCACAAUCAAAGCUGAUUUAAACAAUGAUAGUGAAGCAGAAAAAGUAAUAACAGAUACAAUAGAGAAAUUCACAAAACUAGACGUUCUGAUUAACUGCGCUGGUAUUCUAAGAAGAUGCACACUAGAAGGAGGUUUUAUAAAAACCUUUGAUGAAAUUAUAAGAAUCAAUCUUCGUGCAGCUGUUGUUCUAACUGAAUUGGCUACACCAUACCUCAUUGCUAGUAAAGGUAAUAUCAUAAAUAUAUCAAGUGUUGGAAGUACAGAGAUACCAAAUGCUGAAUACACCGCUAAUUGUGUUUCAAAAGCUGGUCUGGACCAUUUCACGCGUGGUGCAGCUAUAGAAUUAUCAAAGUAUGGAGUACGCGUUAAUGCUAUUUCACCUGGACCGGUUAAAACUAAUAUAUUUGCUAAUGCUGGGAUACAUUUGCCGUAUGAGGAAAUAGGGUUUAGGACGCUGCUCAAUCGUUGGGGAGAUCCAGAGGAGAUUGCUGAUUUGGCUCUGUUUAUGGCGAGCGAUAAGGCUAAAAGUGUGACUGGAUCUAUUUAUACGUCGGAUAAUGGUUAUUUGUUAGUGAAAUAUUAAACGUAAGCUGUACAUUAUGUUAACAUAGCAUUGUUUGUACCUAUAAAACUUAUUUAUUUGGACAAUAAUGUGUUCAUUUAAUUUAAUGCUCACAUUUUCAGUCUAUAUUAUCGUAUUAAAUAGGUUUCACAUGAAGCACAUUUAUAAAAUAAGCAGGAAUUCAUAUUUAGAAUUUAAAACAUUA